CAAAUAAUUUGAGAUGGCUGUCGGGAAGAGUUUUCUCGACCAGUACUCUGUUUUUUGUGUAUUCGGAUCCGUGGUGGGAUGUGUGGUCGUUCCUCUCAUCACCCAGAGCGUGGAAUCCCUGAUCUUCUCCGCAAUUGUUAUAAGCCUUACUGCGAAUAGAUUCUCCAAGAAAGUCGUUCUUGAGCCAAGCAUCAAAGGUGAAAGCAAGGAACAAAAGAGUAUCAAAUGCUCCAAGGACAAAGAAACAAACCUAACUGCCUGCAAGAAAAAGAAGAAACCACCUUCUAGUAGUAUAAAUGGGGCACAGAGCGCGUUGUACCACCAACUGUCCCCAUCUGAACUCAGAAGGCAGUAUAAAGAAGAAGUGGAGAGAAGAGAAUAUGAGAAACUUCGAGAAUUGGAGAGAAAAGAAGAAGAAAAACGAGAGAAGAAGUUAAAAAAGAAAGAAGAAAGAUUAAAAAGAAAGAAUAAUGAAAAGAAAGAACAAGAGUCAAAGACGAGCAUACCCAAAGAAAAGCUAAGUCCUUCGAGCGACAAGAACGUACGCAGUGGAGGGAUACAAAGUCCUAAGAACGAAGAAAAAACUCCAAAGCAAGAGAGAACACUGAAUAACAGCACACCAUCACCCACAUACACCAACACGACCGCCAGCGCAAAUUCUUAUUACAACAUGAACUCUAGCCGUACCAAAAAGUACGAUUAUUACAACUACAGGCCCAACAUCCCGAGGUUUCAACGUCAAGCAGCCAAACAACGGCAAAUGGGAUUCCAGCAACAACAGCAACAGCCGACGUGGCAAACGGCCAGAUCCACUCCCAGUCCGGACGAUUCGUUUUCGGGAACCUUCAGUGAGAAUGUCAGCAUGCCAGUUUACCAGGAUUCAUCCGUUAUUCAGCCCAAAGUUCAAAGUGUCAUUGGAUGUCGCAAGUCCCCCGAGCCUCCCUGUAACGGAACCAUCAUCUCUGGAAAUUUAGAAAACAUUGUCAAAACCGAGGAAUUAUCUGGCUGUUACACGCUGUUUGGCGAGAAUACAGAGAGUAAGGAUUUGGUAUCAAUCAUUCGCCAGGAAACGGGCCUCCAAAAAUCUUAGGAACUCCAUCCACCGGACACUGUAUUUUAGGCACUACUUCCUUUCAAAAAGAUUUCUUUUUGUGGAUCUCCUUUUUAAAUCUCUCAAGAAGUACUUCCUCUAUUUUUGUGAAUCAUACCAAUGUGUGCCGAAAAACUUACCGCUUUCGUUUCUAGUACUUCUUUUUGUUGCGAGUUAUAAUCCUUUAUGGAUAAUUGUUGGUUAAUGGUUGUAAUACGUGUGCUGGCUAUAAUUAAUAAUAUAUCUUCUUUAAUUGUUUUGGCAACGUGAGUAUAAUUAAAAACCAUAAGGUUUUAUGCUCCUAUUUUAAAUGUAAAUAGCAAACUGCCUCAUUAUUAAUGCGCUAGUAUUGUAUUUUUGGCCCGGCGCACUAUUUGUUGUUUAAACGUACUUGUUUUACCCCGCUCUGCCUUACUAGUUCUUUUAUUUUCCAUCCUCGUUGGAGAUUAUUUAAAAAUAUUUAUAGUUAAAUAUCAGAUUGAUCAUUGCGUAACGCUUUUGAAUCACACUCAUCAAGAAA